AUGCUCAUGUGNGGAGCUUCCAAAGGGAGUACUGGACUUUCUGGGGGUGGAAUGGUUGUGAGGAAUGCUCAUGUGCAUAUUGUAGUUGCAGCUGCUGCAUUUUAUGGCUCAGGUUCUAACAUGAGGGCUGAAUGUAAUGCUUUUCUUGAUGGAGUAAAAAUGAUCUUGAGCAAUAAUUUGGAGGGUUUCAGUUCUGACUCACAAGUGUUGGUUCAAAUGGUGUUGGGCCAAACUGAAGUACCACGGAGAUUGAGAGAUGCAAUGGAGCAGAUUUGGAGGAUCCUUGGAAAAUUAAGAAAUGUUGAGUUUUCUGGAAAUGAUAUGUUGCCUCUUGCUGGAAGAAUGCUGUUAUAG